GCUGGGGCUGGGGCUGGGGCUGGCAGCCGGCAGGAGGGCUGAGUGUGUGUUUGGUUCAGUGUGUCGUGCGUGGGGGUGGUGUGUAAGCGUCGUCUCCUUGGGGUUUGAGCGGGGGAGAAAUCAAUGUGGUCAUUAGUCGUGAAAAGAAUUCCACCGAGGGUGCCGGGACCAGCGUGCGUGGAAGCCCAUCCGAUGGUACCUCACAGGGACUAGGAGAGACGAGCGUGGUCGGACAGUGAGAAUAUGAACCUCUUACCUAAGAGCUCCAAGGAGUUUGGCUCCGUGGACUAUUGGGAGAAGUUCUUCCAGCAGCGAGGAAAGAAAGCUUUCGAGUGGUACGGAACCUACCUGGAACUGUGCGGCGUGCUGCACAAAUACAUCAAACCCAGGGAAAAGAGACCCCACUGGCAUUGUUGGUGGUAGGCCUGGGCGGGGGCAGCCUCCCCCUGUUUGUCCACGAUCAUUUCCCGAAGUCCUGCAUUGAUGCUGUGGAGAUCGACCCCUCCAUGUUGGAAGUGGCCACCCAAUGGUUUGGCUUCUCCCAGAGCGACCGGAUGAAGGUCCACAUUGCAGAUGGCCUGGACUAUAUUACCAGCCUGGCAGGAAGAGAAGUGCGGCCCCACUACAGCAUCGUCAUGUUUGACGUAGACAGUAAGGACCCAACACUGGGGAUGAGUUGUCCGCGUCCGGCUUUUGUGGACCAGCCUUUCCUACAGAAGGUCAAAAGCAUCUUGACUCCUGAAGGUGGCGAAUACUUGUUCUGCUGGGAAACAGAGAAGUACCUCUUGAGUAAAAAAUAUGCCUCCCAAGUUCAAGCGCCACCUAAAUGACGAUGAUGUCACUGGUUCUGUGAAAAGUGAAAGGAGGAAUCUUUUGGAAGAUGAUUCAGAUGAAGAAGAAGACUUUUUUCUAAGGGGACCAUCUGGACCAAGAUUUGGACCUAGAAAUGAUAAAAUUAAGCAUGUUCAGAAUCAGGUGGAUGAAGUUAUUGAUGUCAUGCAAGAAAAUAUUACAAAGGUAAUUGAAAGAGGGGAGAGACUAGAUGAACUACAGGACAAAUCAGAAAGCUUAUCGGAUAAUGCAACUGCUUUUAGCAACAGAUCGAAACAACUUCGAAGGCAAAUGUGGUGGCGUGGAUGCAGAAUAAAAGCCAUCAUGGCUUUGGUUGCUGUUACCCUUUUGCUAGUGAUUAUCAUUCUUAUAGUCAUGAAAUACCGUACUUGAUUUGGUGACAGAGAUCUUCAUUACGCAAGAUCUGGGACAACAAUAAUAAAAGAUUGCUGCAUAAUUUAAAUGAAACCCAUGUAUAUAACUUUCAAAACUUCUUUUUCAAGAAACUAAGAGGCAAGUAUCACUUCAAAUUGGAGCAUUGAGAAUGUCCAGUUAUCUUCUUCCCUUCUAACAAAAUGUGUCUUUAAAAAUUAUGUUUAAGGCAAAGAUAGCCAGCCUCUAUUUUGCCAUAUUCCAAGGAUCUAAUUUGAAACCGGAUACUUGCCAGUUUAUUGUUUGUAUACAUAAUUAAACAGUGAUGGCGAUACUGCAGACUGUUAGUAGAAGGACCUGCAUUAUCGCAUCGACCUGGGGUCAGACCGGGAGUCCAGAAAGAAGCCCAUGGAGAGCACCAGAUCAUUGUGCUAGGACAUGCACCGUCGUUCCAUCGGUAUUUGCAAGAUUCUUCACACAUUACAGUUGCUUUGCGAGCAAUUUCCACGUUUAUGGGCGUAACAAAAGCUAAAUGUUGUAAAUGUUGCUGCCUUCAGCUAUAACUAAAACAUUCCAGUAAACCUAUUUUUGACUGUAUAAGGGAAUGUGUAGUAAUUUUUUGGCAUUUGGAUUAUGGAACUGGAAAAUUUAAACAAUAUGAAAAGCAUAGUAUGGCACCAUAAAACUGGAGAUAAUAAAAUUUUUGGAGAACAUCAUUGGAGUGUUUGAACAUGAAUAGCAUGGUUCAGUCUGUUUCCAGUUAGCCUGCAAUAAGGAGGGACAAUCCUGAUGUGAGUAAAUGAACUCCACAGGUAACUUAUUCCUUAAUUUUGUUUUCUUUGAUAGCUUCCCUCUUUAGUCCUUCUGCCAGAAGUGCUAAAAGUAGCAAAAUCGUCUUAGAACUUGCUACUUUUGCAUUCCUGAUCAUCCCCUGAGAGAUGCAUGUUGUACAAUCAAGUGUCAAAUUAGCCACCAGUAAUGAUUAUAAAAAGCCAGGAGAGUUAUCUAUCAGUCACUAACCUAAUAGCUAGAGUCAUCAUUAAUCUAAGACUGUUUUUACAGCAAUAAACUGUAUUGUUAACUUUAAAAUGUGCCAACAAGUCAAAGUGAAAAUACAUAGUUCUCUAUCAGGGAGGAAGCUUUAUCAUAACAUUAGAGGUUCUGCAGACACUGGUGCACAUGGAUAUGUUGACUGUAUGUAUGUAACUAAAUCUGAGAUA